AAGAGCAUUCCGGCCGCCUGGCACAAGGCCAGCAUCUGGGCUGGCUGCGUCCUGCCGCGCUGAGGGCGUGAGGCGGAGAGGGGCGCGGGCUGUCGGGUCGCGCCGAAGCGCACCGCCAUGGCGAGGGAUGAGUGCAAGGCGUUGCUGGACGCGCUCAACAAAACGACCGCGUGCUAUCACCACCUGGUGCUGACCGUCGGCGGCUCGGCGGACUCGCAGAACCUGCGGGAGGAGCUGCAGAAGACGCGCCAGAAGGCGCAAGAGCUGGCGGUGACCACCUGCGCCCGCCUGACAGUCGCGCUGCGCGACCGGGGCCUGGGCGUUGAGGAGCGCGCGGAGUUUGAGCGCCUCUGGGUGGCCUUCUCCGGCUGCCUGGACCUCCUGGAAGCCGACAUGCGGCGUGCGCUGGAGCUGAGCGCAGCGUUCUCGCUGCACGCGCCGCGGCGGCCUCUUGUGCGUACCGGUGUGGCGGGCGGCACCGCUGGCGUGGCGGCGCGCGCCCUGAGCGCCCGCAGUCUGCGGCACGAGGCUGAGCGCGACUUCGACGUCGCGGACCUGCACCAGCUGGAGCGCGACAUCCUUCAGGUGGGCGAGAUGAUCCACAACAUGGAGAUGAGGGUCAACGUGCCCCGCUGGACAGUGGAAGCCCGGCAGGCGGCCGGCGCCGAGCUCCUGUCCAGCGUCGGUCCCUCCUCGGCCGGUGGCAUGUCGGUGCAGGAGCGCGCGGGGCUCUGCGACUGGAGCAAAGCCCUAGCCGCCACCGUUUUCAGCGCCGUGCUUUUGGCGGCUGUGGCCCUGGCAGUAUGCGUGGCGAAGCUGAGCUGACGGACAUUCCACGGCAGCCCGCCCUCUCCGCUCCCUCCCAGUAGACAAGACUCAGGAUGGGCUUGGGGUCUGGCCUGUUUAAGGGGAAAGGUUCUAAAACCCCCAUGUGUG